AAUUCCGCUUUUAAACGUUAAUUUCCUUAGAAGAUUUCGGGAUAAUUCAUUAUAGUGGCGGUGUAUUAUUUUGCUAGAACUUUGAAUCAGCUGUUUGUCAAUAUGGUUUUUUUAUCUCUUUCGCACUGUUCGAAUUUUGCUUAGGCGAUCUUUAUCCCACAAUGACUUUUUUGGGCAUUCUAUUUUGGUACAUUACCAUCACGAUGUGAUCUGAAUAUACUGAUUUUGUGUCGUCUUAUGGUUUUAAGUAUAUUCUAAUGUCAUAAAACUAAUGUUUGGAAGACAUCAUGAGCAAUCAAGUCCAACCAUUGAAAUACCAAAGACAAGUAUGGAUAAAAACAAACGAAAGCAGGAGGACAGUAGUGCGAGAUAUAAGUGUGAAUAUGAUGGCUGCGAGAGGACAUACAGCACUGUCGGUAACUUGAGAACUCAUAUGAAGACACAUAAAGGUGAAUACAGGUUUAUAUGUCCAAUGCCACAGUGUAACAAGGCAUUUCUGACAUCAUACAGUUUGAAAAUACAUGUGCGGGCUCACACCAAAGAUAAACCGUUUGCAUGUGACAUCGGAAACUGUAAUAAGGCAUUUAAUACACUAUACAGGUUAAGGGCACACCAAAGACUGCACAGCGGUGACACGUUUAAUUGCAAGGCGGAUAAAUGCACGAAAUUCUUUACGACCCUCAGCGAUUUGAAGAAACACAUACGAACACACACACAGGAGCGGCCUUAUAAAUGUCGAACAGAAGGAUGCGGCAAGUCUUUCACGGCGUCGCAUCACUUAAAGGCGCACGGACGGACGCACACUGUGAAACCAACCACGCCCACUUUCAAGCCCCAUUUGCGGAAACAGAUCGACUCGGAAGCAGCCACGGUUGAGGUAACAGAAACCGAGCUGACGAAACAGCCUCGGGCCAUGAAUUGGGACAGUUUGCUGGAAUCCUUCGGCCGAAUCACGACAGAAUCGAAUUCCACGGACAGCAGCUUAGAAGACAUGACCAAUCUCUCUAACAAUAACGUAGACAUAACCGAACUGCUCUUCGACAACGCCACUAACAAAUUCAAUGACACUAACAUUAAUUACGACUUAACAAACCUCGACUUACUCCCGUUCGACGAUAAAGUGAAGAAAAACAAUUGGGUCAAUGAGAUACCCUUGGUUAGUGAUAACUUGGAAAUAAAACCCAAGGCAAUGCAAUUGGCGCUGGCCAACGAAGUCGAGUUACAAGCGCCUUGGAUCGACGUCACAGCGUUAGCGGCGUCCAUACAAGAAACCCCAGUUAGCAUUAAAGAGAAAACACCAGAAAACAUAUUCACACUGGCAACAUUCGUUCCUACUCACAUGCAGAGUUACAUAGAUCUAAACGCGGAAGCACCCCCGACUGCCAAUUUAAUAUCUCAAAGCUCCUUCGAUUUAGACACACCGAACAUUCUAGACGUCAGCGACAAAGUAUUCAAUGACAGCGAGCUAGUUAUCAAUCUCGAGCCAAAACUCAAUUCGGAAAUUGAUUUUCUCAAAGAUCACGAAACGCUCGAUGAUAGAACGUUAAACACACCACCUCCGUCGAAAGUGCAACACAACAUCGAAAUAAAUCCAUCCAAUUCAGUCUUAUUCAAUACAGACUUUGCGCUAGAGGACACUUUGCUAUUCGACAACGAACCGCCCUCAGACAUGUACGUUGUUAGAACGGAAAACAUAUUCGGUAAACCGAAACGGAACGCGAUAGAACAAUUAGCGGCGGACGCGGGCAUUUGCUCUUGCGUCGAUUGUAAAUGCGAUCCGAACAGCGAUUGCGCGACCUGCGACAAAAAAGAUCGUCGCGACGAUAAAUGCUCGUGCGUCGAUUGUAAAUGCGAUCACGCGGAAAUGAAGUGCGCGGUCGGAUGCGGCAAAGCGACCGACACGAAUCACAACACGUUCCUGGAUUAUCACAAACGGCACAAUAAUACGAAUUUAGAGGAGUUCGGGGUUUACACGCACGAGUGCGACGACCACACGCCCGCCAGUGUGGCUGACAGUUUGAAAAAUUUAACCUGCUCAUGCGAUACAGAUAAAAAAUGCUGCAAAUCGGAUACCAAAAAGUCGUCGCGUGAAAAUAAAUCGUGUUGCGUUACGAUAUGCUUCAAAAAGGCCGACGCGUAUAGACAGUUUCUGUCAAACAACGAUUUGUUGUUCGCCAUCCAGCCGCAUAGUUUGACGACGUUUUAAUUGUUUUUUUUCUAUGUUUUUGUAAAAUAAAAUUUUGCAUUUAAUAAUGUACAAAGCAUUCAGUAUUCGCAUAAACUCGCCUCGGUGCUGUUUUUGUAAUGUUAUAUUUAUUAUUGUUAUUUAAAAGUAUUAUAAUGAAUUAAUAUAUUUAUAAUAUAUUUACAUAUUAAGAGCUAUAUGAAAUUUAUUAUAUGUUUACUAAUUUUAUUUUUAAUUAAACAUAUGUUGAUGAUUUAAUUAGACCUGAAGACGGUGUAGCAAAUGAAAUUGAAAUGAUCUUUUUGAUAAUAACAUGUAGCGAGGACGCCAAAAAUAUUUAAAAUAUUUACAGGGUUUUGUUAUUAUUGACGUAAUGUAAAAAUCAAUACUUGCCAUAACGUUUUAUACGAUAUUUUCUUGGUUACCAUAUAUCGAAUUAUAAAAUAUCAUAUUGUAUAAUUUAUGGAUUUCUUUAUUGUAUAUUCUCAUUGUUUCGUACUUAAAUUGGAUGAUUACUUAAAAUUAAUCACAUGUACUAUUUUAAAAAUUCUGAAAGAUGAGUUGAUAAUCUUUAAUGAAAUAUCGUUCGUACUUGUUAUCGUAGUUAUGUUAUAUUUCAAGUAUGGUUAAUAUAUUAUUGCAUGCUUUCCGCCCGUGAUCGCUCGUUGUCAACUUAAAAAUUAUAUAAUGUAACCUUACUCGAGAACCACACUUAUCCAUUGGUGAAAACCAAAUGAGAAUUGUGUGCAAUAGUUUUUAAGUUAACCGCGUACAAACACACGGCGAGGGGCUGUUUUAUAUUAUGUAGAUUGUUUCAAUAAAUCUGCGAAGAAAAAUUCAUGAUCAUUGUUUUUUUAAAUAUUUGUUGGAAUUUAAUAUAUAUAUUUAUACAAAAUUGAUAAGUGAGAGUUCAAUAGGAAUGUCACAAUGUAAUUUUAAAGAAAAUAGUGAUUUAAUGUUUUGUAUGCCAAACGCAAGUGCCAUAUUGUUUUAUAUAAAAUAUAUAAUAAGUAAUUUUAUACAAAAUUUUUCAUAUUUUAUAUCUAAUUGAUAUACCCUAAUAUUAAUAAAAACAGUGCCUUAUAUGUUGUACUUAAGUGCCUUGUACAAAAUGUUGAGUAAUUCUAUGAGAUUUUAUUAGAUAUUAGAUGUAAGAAAAAGCAAUAACCAUAAUAAUGCUGUUAAAUUUCUAGUCCGAAAAAUAAAGGCUUUUGAAAAUAA